AUGGGAGAAUGGGAGAGAGGGGCAUGGCCUGGUGGAUCUGGGCAGUGCGUAUGUCGGAUUUGGGCGGCGUGGGGAUCAAAUAGAGAGACGGCGGCGGCAUGGGAGAAUGGGAGAGAGGGCAUGGCCUGGUGGAUCUGGGCAGUGCGUAUGUCGGAUUUGGGCGGUGUGGGGAGAUCAAAUAGAGAGACGGCGGCGGCAUGGGAGAAUGGGAGAGAGGGGCAUGGCCUGGUGGAUCUGGGCAGUGCGUAUGUCGGAUUUGGGCGGUGUCGGGAUCAAAUAGAGAGACGGCGGCGGCAUGGGAGAAUGAGAGAGAGAGAGAGAGAGAGAGAGAGGAAAGCUACAAAAUGA